AUGAAGAACCUGAGGAAGAAGAAGAGGCCUAAGUCCCAGAAGAAGGUUGAGGAGAGAAAAAGAGCAGAAGGGGUUGUGAGGAACGAAGAAGAAAAUACAAAGAAAAGGGUUUUAGAGGCAUUGGUGGACGCUUUCUCGUUGUCUUCUAUGAGGGAAGCUCCCAUGGCGUAUGACAUUGCAGGGGGUAAUCCCGACAGGGCUUCGGAGAUCCUGAGGAAGGGGUUGUCGGAGGAUUCGUAUUCGUGUUGCUCUUCUUCUUGCAGUGGUGGAAGCAGUGGCGGCGGGUCUUCUUCUUCUUCUUCGGGGAUGGAAUUGGGGUUAAAGGAGGAGGGGGAACAGAAUUGUGGGGAGGGUGUUGUUGUGGGGGGUUUCAAAGGGGGCAGGCAGAAGAAAAAGGUUGUUGCUUCAACUGGCACUGUUUCAACGGUUUUGGGGAAGGAGUAUGUGGGGAGGAACAGCGGAAGGAACAAAGGGUUUAGUGCUAAUGAUGGAGCUUUUGACAUGGAGGAGGCAGAGCAGUUCCUCUGCUCUAUGAUUGGGGAGGAUUGUGAUCUUAACUUGGCUGUCGUUAGAGACGUUCUUUGUGAGUAA